AUGGCGGACCGCGAACCGGAAUCGGAGUUCAAGGUCAGUGAGAGUGUCGGCGAUGGAGUCGUUAUGGAGGAGGUGAUAUUCGAAGAGAGGCUGAGAGUCGAAGAGGUUUAUCAGAGCCAGAGGAGGGUUGAAUUCGCCGCAGAAGUGAAGGAGGUUGAUCGAUUCGAAAGUAAACCGGUUCGUCCGGUCGAGGAAGUCGUCGAAUCGGUUCAGCACAGUCAGGGAGGAGAAGAGUCAGCGGCCGUUGAAAUUGCAAAGAAAUCCGACGACGGCGAGAAGGUGUCGGUUGAGAAACCGAAUGACUCUGAUCGUCAACGUGGCCGAGAUGAGGAUCAGGAAAUUUCGGAGAAUAUACUACGGGAAGAAAUUGAUACGCAAUCAGCACCAAACGACGUCGUUACAGCACAUUGCAGUGAAGCAGAGGGAAAGAUCGAAGCGGUUGAGGUGAAAUCGGAAAAUUACAGCGAUGAAGAUGACUGGGAAGGGAUUGAGAAGAGUGAGCUGGAUGAAGGUUAUGCUGCGGCGGUGAAAUCUUAG